UACAGCAGGCAGAGCGUCAGAGCGCACCAAGCAGCCUGGCAGCUGUAUUUCUUGGCUCUGAUUGGGCGGAGGGCGGUGAUUCCUUCUGUCACGAUUUGGGUCGCUCCCACCGGAGGACACCGUCCGCUCGAGUCCAGCUUUCACCGAGGUACUCAAGAGAGGAGGCAGGAUUCCUCUGAAAGGGCUGGGCUGUCAGCUCGGUGUCUGUGUCCGAGGAGGAGAGGAGCAGGAAAGAGAGAGAGAAAGAGAGAGAGAGAGAAUAAAAGAUCAUCAGCACUGGAGCUACCAGCUGCCUUUUAUAUUUUUCCUCCGUCGGGGCUGUGUUGAAAGUCGUUCACGAUGCCGGUGUUUCACACCAAGACCAUUGAGAGCAUCCUGGAGCCGGUGGCCCAGCAGAUCUCCCACCUGGUCAUCAUGCAUGAGGAGGGGGAGGUGGAUGGGAAAGCCAUCCCGGACUUGUCGGUGCCGGUGGCCGCGGUGCAGGCGGCUGUGAGCAACCUUGUGCGGGUGGGGAAGGAAACUGUUCAAACCACAGAGGACCAGGUGAUGAAGAGAGACAUGCCUCCUGCUUUUAUUAAGGUGGAGAACUCGUGUUCGAAGCUCGUUCAGGCGGCUCAGAUGCUUAAGGCAGAUCCAUACUCUGUUCCUGCGAGGGAUUACCUGAUCGAUGGAUCCAGAGGGAUUCUUUCUGGAACGAGUGACCUACUGCUUACCUUUGAUGAAGCAGAGGUGCGUAAGAUAAUCCGUGUGUGUAAAGGUAUCCUUGAGUAUCUGACAGUAGCUGAAGUGGUGGAGACCAUGGAAGACCUCAUCACUUACACAAAAAAUCUCGGACCAGGCAUGACGAAGAUGUCAAAGAUGAUUGAGGAGCGGCAGCAGGAGCUGACCCACCAAGAGCACCGACAGAUGCUCGUCAGCUCCAUGAACACCAUCAAGGAGCUGCUUCCCGUUCUCAUUUCAGCUAUAAAGAUUUUUGUGGCAACCAAAAGCAGCCGAGGAGCCGGCAUUGAGGAGGCUGAGAAGAACCGAAGGUUUACGUUUGAAAAGAUGAGCGCCGAAAUCAACGAGAUCAUCAGAGUCUUACAGCUCACCACGUGGGAUGAAGACGCCUGGGCGAACAAGAAGGACAUGGAGGCCCUGAAAAGAUCUCUGGCUUUGAUCGAAUCAAAGAUGGUGCAGGCUAAAAGCUGGCUCAAAGACCCACAAGGACAGCCAGGAGACCCUGGCGAGGUGGCGCUGCGUGUCAUUCUGGACGAAGCUGGUAAGGUGGGAGAGCUGUGCGCUGGGAGGGAGCGGAAGGACAUACUGGCGACCACCAGGGCUCUGGGGCAGAUGACUGAUCAGAUUGGAGAUCUGCGUGUCAGAGGCCAGGGCCAGACUCCAGGAUGCAUGCAGCGCGCAGGCCAGUGCUUACAGGGCUUAGAUCUGCUCUUUGGCAAAGUGGACAGUGCUGCUCGGAGACUAGAGGCUCUAAUCAAUGCAAAGCAGGCCAUUGCCAGGAGGCUGGAUGCUGCCCAGGCAUGGUUGGCAGAUCCUAAUGGUGGUCCUGAGGGAGAGGAGAACAUCAGAGCGCUUCUAGCAGAGGCCAAACGCAUCGCAGACCUCUGUGAAGACCCCAAGGAGAGGGACGACAUUCUGCGCUCCAUAAACGAGAUAGCAGGACUCACCGCCCGGCUCAUGGAGCUGCGCAAACAGGGUAAAGGCGACAGUCCAGAGGCCCGAGCUCUGGCGAAGCAGAUUGGAGCAGCUCUGCUAAACCUGCAGUCCAAGACCAACCGGGCGGUGGCCAACAUGAGACCAGCAAAGCCUGCUGUCACGCUGGAGGGUAAAAUGGAGCAGGCUCUGCGCUGGGUGAAUAAUCCCGGGGUGGAUGACAGAGGCGUAGGCCAGGCAGCAAUCAGAGGAAUGGUUGGAGAAGGGAAGAGGCUGGCUGGAGGCCUGUUGGGUCCGUACCGACAGGACAUGGUGGGGCGCUGCGACCGAACAGAGGGGCUGAUGACAGCUUUGGCAGACAUGGCGAGCAGGGGAGAGGCUGAGGCUCCUCAUGCACGAGCCACAGCGGCACAACUGCAGGACACCCUCAAGGACCUGAGGCAGCACAUGCAGGAGGUGAUGACCCAGGAGGUGUCCGAUGUUUUUAGCGACACCACCACGCCUGUCAAGCUGCUGGCGGUGGCUGCAACUGCUCCUCCUGAUGCGCCCAACAGGCAGGAGGUCUUUGAAGAACGAGCAGGGAACUUUGAAACCCAUGCGGGACGACUGGGAGCAACCGCAGAGAAGGCCGCCGCUGUGGGAACGGCGAAUAAGAGCACAGUGGAGGGUAUUCAUGCUGCCGUGAAACAUGCCAGGGAGCUGACGCCACAGGUGACUUCUGCUGCUCGGAUCUUGCUAAAAAAUCCAGGAAACAAAGCAGCCUAUGAGCACUUUGACACCAUGAAGAACCAGUGGAUUGACAAUGUGGAGAGACUGACCGGUCUGGUCGAUGAAGCCAUAGACACCAAAUCCUUGUUGGAUGCUUCUGAGGAAGCCAUUAAAAAAGACAUUGACAAGUGCCGAGUUGCCAUGGCAAACGUUCAACCCCAAAUGCUCGUUGCCGGGGCAACAAGCAUAGCGAGACGAGCUAACCGGGUCUUGUUGGUGGCCAAGAGGGAAGUGGAGAACUCUGAAGAUCCCCGGUUUAGAGAUACUGUAAAACAUGCGUCUGACAUCCUCUCACACACCAUCUCGCCCAUGGUGAUGGACGCCAAGGCUGUGGCUGGGAACAUACAAGACAAAGGUCUACAGAAAGCAUAUUUGGACUCUUGUCAAAGGAUCUUGGCUGCAGUGGGAAAAGUCAGAGAAGCUUUCCAGCCUCAGGAACCUGACUUCCCGCCUCCUCCUCCUGACCUGGACCAACUCCAUGUUAGUGAUGAACAGGCGCCACCUAAACCCCCGCUGCCAGAGGGAGAGCUGCCUCCACCCCGUCCUCCUCCCCCGGAGGAGAAGGACGAGGAGUUCCCGGAGCAGAAGGUCGGCGAGGUGCUCAGCGAACCCAUGAUGGUGGCGGCCAGGCAGCUGCACGACGAAGCGCGCAAGUGGUCAAGCAAACCUGAGGAUGAGGAGGCAGUAGAGGAGAGGGAGGUAGAUGAUGAAGAUGAGUUUACUGAUGGUGAGGAUGACUAUGAGCCAGAGCUGCUGAUGAUGCCGUCCAACCAGCCUGUCAAUCAGCCCAUUCUGGCAGCUGCCCAGUCUCUCCACCAGGAGGCUCGCAAGUGGUCCAGCAAGGGUAAUGACAUCAUAGCAGCAGCCAAGCGGAUGGCUCUGCUGAUGGCUGAAAUGUCUCGGCUGGUGCGUGGCGGGAGCGGAAACAAGCGAGCGCUGAUUCAGUGCGCAAAAGACAUUGCCAAGGCCUCGGAUGAGGUGACGAGACUGGCUAAAGAAGUGGCCAAGCAGUGCACAGACAGGCGCAUCAGGACGAACCUGCUGCAGGUUUGUGAACGAAUUCCCACCAUCAGCACUCAGCUGAAGAUCCUUUCCACUGUCAAAGCUACCAUGCUGGGACGAACAAACAUUAGUGAAGAGGAGUCAGAGCAGGCUACGGAGAUGUUAGUUCACAACGCCCAGAAUUUGAUGCAGUCUGUAAAGGAGACGGUGCGAGAAGCAGAAGCAGCCUCCAUUAAAAUCCGCACAGAUGCAGGAUUCACCCUCCGCUGGGUGCGCAAGACACCCUGGUACCAAUGAACUCACCUGCUCUCGCUGAAUAAAAGUAGUAACACGCGCUCUCAUUUGGAGUAGGAGUAUCAAGAGGAAACUGCAGGAUUUUGAGCCAUUCUCCACUUUAGUUUUAGGUGGGAAUCUUUGAUUUAUUAUGGGCGAGAAUUUAGCUUGGCUCGCUUUUGUCCUCAAGUGUGCAAACACGCAGGUUUAUCAGGAGACUUUUUAAUAUAUAUUUUUGGUAUUUUGGGUUAUUAGACUUUAUCUAAAUCUUAGGUAUAUAUUUUUUGCAUGACUCAUUUUCUAUUUUCUAAAAGCAGAUUCUGACAUGGAGACUCUUAAUGCUUCGAGGAUGUUUGGAAUUUGCAUUGUUUUUCAGUCCUGGUUUUGUAAUGUAUGUUGUAUAUACAAUAAUUGUCUGCUUCAUGGAUGAUUCACCAAGUUUGACACUAAAGUGUAGAGUUUUGAGUGAGCUUCAUGAAUACUUUCAGUCAUCUGAAAAUCUAUGAAAUCAACAGAGGUGCAUCAUCACUGUUGCCACUGGUGAUGUUUAUAUUUCAGUAACGAAAAGAUCUUGUGGGUUUAAAAGUAAAAAAGCUUAUUAAAAGUUAGUAAUAUAAUAAUAAAUAAUAUAGUAAUAAUAAAAGAUGACAGUAUUGAUUUGUGAGACAGUGACGUUUAGCUGAUUAACAUGUGUUUACUUUUAUGAACUUUCACAUUUAAUGAUGCCAAAGGAUUUGUUUUACAUUAUUUACAAGCCUCUUUGAAUUGUUUGUACACUUAAAAUCCAGGUUAUUACAAAAAAUAAUGCAGAUCAGUUUCACUUGAGAUGCUGUAGUAAUGGUUGAUGUUUGUUAAUAGCAAAAAAAAACAACUAAGGUUCGUGAAUGUUUUCUCUGCUUUGCAUUUUUAUCUAAUUGUAGUUCUUUUGUGGCUGCAUUCUGCAACAGUUGAACUGUCUGGGAUUUACAGUAUUAGAGCAAACAUAGCUUUUACCCGUCCCAAUCCGAGUUCUCUGAUGCAACUUUUUUUUUUUUUUUUUAGAUGACCCCGGUGGUUUGAGUAGUAGUUCUGUAAUAACCAGAGCAACAAACUAUAUUUUUUAAAUAUAUAUACAUUUAAAUAAUUGUUAGUGGUUUUAGUUAGUAAACUAAAAAGAAGCGGAGAGAAAAACUGAUGUCACAUACAGAUCCAGUCAGAAGUUUACUUGCACUCAUCAGCAUAAAUGUCAUUCUUGCUCCAUUCAAUUUAUUUGAUCUGCAUUUUAUUUUUCUUUUUUUCAGGCAACUUUAAUGGCUUUUAAGAUAAGAAUCAACUGCACAAGCUUGAGUCUAUCUUGGGUUCUUUUUCUUUUUAAAAGCCCCACCUUAACUCCUCCAAACAUUCUUCUUUUCUGUCAAAAUCAGCUCAGGAUUUGUCUCCCUAGAUUUAUUUUCUUCAGAAAUCCUCAGGCUUGAAGGUGUUUAUUUCUUUCCUCUCAGCUGAUGUAAACCUACCCUGGUGUUACAAGAUUGAGGGUUCCUGUGUUUUUUUUUAACCUCCUUAUCAGUUUCCUGGAUCUGACCAUGGCAGCUGGAGAAAGAUCUUUAAAUCUGCUUUGUGUAUUUAUUAAAUUAAUCACAAAAAAAACCCCAUGGCAUUUAUGCCCAGGAUGAGUGUAUGGAAAUUUCCAAGCAGAACUGUACUUACAACUAAAGGAGUAAAUGCAUAUUUUCAUUCCAUUAACAAAUUCUUAAAAAAAAAAAAAAAAAACAGUGGGUGGGUAAAUGUAUUUGUCUCAUUGAGACUGCGUGUGUGUGUGUGUGUGUGUGUGUGUGUAUAGUCUCAUUUUAACACUAUUACUGAGCCGUCCCUGGUAUGAUUAGGGAUGAAGUUCUGAAUUGCAGCACAGACUGUUAGCCGUUUUCUUUCUUUUUGGGGGGGGGAAGAGGCGUACUGUAGUGGUCACUGACUCGGGAUGUGGAGCUCUACGUCGUAGAUGUUAAUCCACACGCUGAAUGUACUCCGAUAGCCUCUAGCCCUGCCAACAUCUGCUGUGCCUUGAAAGAAUAAAGACUAUAAUAAAAA